CACGAGCUUUGCAGCUCUAACACUACAGCUACAGGAAGUCGACGCUUAUGUGAAACUAAAAUAAAAGCAAUGGAGACUUGGUGUGUGUUGCUGAUCUUAGCUUCAAUUCCUUUAACUUGGGAGAUAGGUGAGGAGUUGAAAUGUCCAGAUGUCUUCACUGACGGUAUAAACAUCAUUACCUGCACAAUCAACAAGACAGCCAUCGACAAUGCUGGUUGCCUUUCAAUGCAGAAGUCAGUAACAUUUGAUCUUACAGUGGACAACACUACAAAUACACCAUGUCUCGCUGCUUACAAUCCAGAUAACUGCACUGGAAAACAGAAUGAAGAGCAAUGUUGGUGUGAUCAUAAGAAUGGAAAUAUCUUUGUCUAUAAAUUUUCUUUCCACUUCAACCGCACCAUACACAAAGGGGGACAAAUGGAAUGCAAACUUUGCAUAUCUUCAAAUCAUUCUGACACAACCGCCACUGGCAGCUGCAAAAAUUUGAAAGCAAAAGACUUAGGUUCUGCUAUUGAGAGACAUGUGAACAGCAGAGCUGGACUAACUGUUGCUGAAAUUUUCAUUCUUUUUCAUGCGAUUGCUGUUUUCGUUCUAGGGCCUUGCUGAAGGUGUGGAAACACUGUACAAGAGCUCAAUGAGUGCUGUACUCCUCAACUACCAAACUGUAUGCCGAGAUUAACUCUUGGCCUCUUGCGAGAUGUAACAAAGAAAGUGAAUAAACCGGAAGUUAUG